AUGGCCCUGCAUCUGGCCUACCUACCAAAUGAAAUUCUGGAUUCGAUUUUCACAUAUUUCCAACCACGUGAAGCCGACAUCACCCAAGCGCGACUUAUUCGAUGUAACAACGCCCUUCGACGCCGAUUUGAGCCUAGACUGUACUCGCAAGAGGAAUCAUGUGAUAGAAUCAUGCGCGUUGCCUGCGAACGUGGCCUAAUCGAGACCAUCAAACUAGCUGUUGAUACCUUCGGCGCGUCACCGAGCCUGGUGACAAUAUGGAACGGACCAGAGCCAUUCAAAGUGCUUACACUGCAUCUCGCGGCCAAGAAGAUGCAGCCGGGCGCGUUUGCGCUCCUCCUGAAGCUGGGAGCACGGGUUGACAUUGAGAUUGAUAAGAAAUUCAUCCAAUCGCAAAUGCCUUGUAUUGUCAAGGCCCUCCAGGUUGAGCAUGCAAGAAUGCUGCACCAGUUUUUCAUAUCCGGCACGGCUGCACAGGUACCAAACAUUCCAAUUGCAAACAAUUGCCUCGUGCAAGCUAUUAUCAACAGGGCAUUGCCCGAGACAGUGCGUCUCCUUCUGGAUCAUGGGGCGAACCCCAGCCACGUUCAGGCAGGUGGUAUGCGUUUGAGUGCACUGUCGGCCGCCGCGAUGACUGGAGCGAAGGAAACUUUCAAGCUGUUAUUGGAGAUGGGGGCGGAUGUGAAUGCAAAGAAAUGUAAACUCCGUGCAAGUUCACUCUUCGAAGUACCAAUCAUUGGUGCUGCUCACGCCAUGGCUGAGUUCCAGACGACGGAAAUGUUGCAACUGUGCCUGGAGUAUGGCGCAUCUAUUGAUACUAAUAUAACUCUUGCCCACGAAUCUUCCGGCUCUCCGAUACUGAUUUCGCCCUUGACUGCUUAUCUUGAUGCGGUCAUUGAUUGGAGGGCCGUUCACAAGCUCUCACCAUUCGAUGCGGUGUCCUUGAUUCUGAACCAAGUUCACCAAAUGGCAGAAAAUCCGACGUCCUUCCUAAACAUGGAUCUCAACACCGAUUGUUUCCAGAUCGGUAAGGCCUUGGAGUCUCUUCUCGGUAAAUGGGGGGUAGGCCAUUUCGUUAUUGAUGAGUUUUUCGCCGUGGUCUGGCUUCUUGCAGAAAACGCUGGGGCGGUCGAUCUUCGCAGCAUUCUCAAGACUAUGCUGCAUGAACCUAUCGCAACUUAUUAUAAUGACGGCCUAUCGCGAUGGUUGGUGAUAUUGGAUGUUCUGUUGAAGAAUCGGAACACUGCUGAGAGAAGCACGGUUCUCUACAAUCUGAUACUAGACUGUGCUAACUCUGGGUUUACCUACGAAGAUGAGAGUGCCGAAGUACUGAUCGACCACCUUAUUCAAGCUGGCGCAGACAUUAACCUCCGAGAACAUGGAGACGAAUCUUCCCGGACCGUUCUACACGCUGUAUGCGAUAUCAUUGACGAGGAGACAAAGGAUCUGGAACAGAGCUCUAGAUGGCACUUUGUGGAGUUGUAUCAGCCUGAUAUAGACAAGAGAGGUGGACUUCUCCAAACCAUUGUGCGGAAGGGAGGAGAUCCGAAGCUGCAGUCCAACGGAAAGGAUGCACUUGACAGACUACGAAGAACAUCACAUGAAUUCACGGAAACCAGAAUAUAUGUCUCUCACCUGACUGGCUACUUGAACUGUGCGGAUAGGCUCAUGGACGACUUGUCUGAUUUCGUGGAGGUUGAUGGGCUGUUCGUUGUGGCGUAA